CAUUGUGCUGAACACUCGCGGGCGAGACGGUGAUAACAAUCGCCUUGUUUACAUAAAUAAACGUUGUAUAUCGAGCAAUGAAGUUGUUUAUUGUACUAUGACGACGCUCUUACAAGAUGUCAACAGCGCUCGCUAGUGUGCCGAAAUACAAAUUGAAUAAUGGAAGGGACAUACCGGCUAUCGCCUUGGGAACCUUCCUGGGUUUCGACGAGCGUGGCAUGGCGAAAUCACAAAACAAGCAGCUGAGAGACGUGAUCCUCGGAGCCAUCGACGUUGGCUACAGACACUUUGACACGGCUUCAGUAUACGAGACGGAAGGGGAAAUCGGAGAGGCUGUCAGGAUGAAAAUUGAAGAAGGAGUCGUCCGGAGAGAAGACGUCUUUAUAACUACUAAGCUGUGGAACACUCAACAUAAGAGAGAGCAAGUGGUGAAAGCCUUAAAUGAAUCGCUCCAGAAGAUGGGGCUGAACUAUGUAGACCUUUACUUGAUGCACUGGCCAAUCGGACUUAACGAGGACUACAGUCACUCCGAGGUGGACUAUAUGGAGACCUGGCGCGGUCUGGAGAACGCACAGCGCUUGGGUCUCGCGAAGUCCAUCGGAGUCUCCAAUUUUAAUAAGGAACAGCUGCAACGGGUGAUAGAAAAGGGGAAUAUUAAGCCUGUCGUUAUAGAAAUCGAGAUUCAUCCACAAAUAAUCCAAAAAGAACUCGUCGAUUACGCCCAGGCACAGGGCGUCGUAGUGAUGGGCUUUAGUCCAUUCGGUUCGUUAGUUAUGCGGUACGGCAUGCACUUCCCGGGACCCAAACUCGAUAACCCGUUGCUGUUGGAAAUAGCAAACAAGUAUGGGAAAACCACUCCGCAGGUUGUUCUCAGGUGGCUGGUGGACAGGAACGUUAUACCCAUACCGAAAACACUAAAAUACAAGCGUUUGAAGGAAAAUAUUAAUAUUUUCGACUUUGAAUUGACAUCUGAAGAGAUUGAGAAAAUCAACGAGUUCGACACUAAAACAAGAUACACUUUACCAUCGUUUUGGCAAACUCAUCCUUAUUAUCCGUUUGAUAGAAUCGAUAAUCCUAUAGCGGAUCCAUUCGUGAAGAACUAAUGCGGGCAUCACAUAGUUCUCGUUAAGCUUGAACGUUCCAUUUUGUCCUCCGAGGUUGAAUUGUUGAUAUUACCCUCCUGCCCAAAUAAGGAGUGUAAUAUGUUAAACUGAAUGUAUGUAUGUGAGUUUUCUUAUUUUACUAUGACUUUUAUAUGCCUGGAUGUGCGGGGUAUCGUUUCGUUAGCCUCCUCACAUCACCGCUAGUGAUUUUGGUUUAAAUCAAGUCAUUUAUUCAGGACUGUUGUGACUUUUAGUUUUUAAGGUCAAAUUGUUUAUUUCCAUAAACAUAUUCUUUACUACAGAAGUCAAUUAGAGUAAAAACUUAAAGAUGAUACUCCCGACAAAACAUCCGUCUGUAAUGUAACAAAUAGGGAUGUAAUAGCGAGCGUCCAUUACAUUAUAUUCGAAUGUUACAAGCGUGACGUGUUGACGAAUAUCUGUAUAAGUAUGUAUUGAGUUAUUCUAAUAUUACCAAUCGAAUGAGACUGUAUCGUGUUACAUUACAAGCGAAGUGCUGUGUUCGUUGCAAUGUUUGUCUGAAGCUGUUUACUGAUAAAUUAUUUUAAGGCCAUAUUACAUGCAAAUCCUUUUUGUCGUCUUCCUUUAGCAACU